AGGACGGAGCAGCGCGUUCAAGUGAGCAGUCAUCAUUCACAUGUGAGCUGAAGACUGCUCCAUGUUCUCCAUGAUCAUGGCGAGGAAAGGAUAUUGUUUAGCCAUAUUUCUGAGGGCCAUCAUGUGUGUUCAGAGGAAGAAAGUUUUGCUGGCCUGUGUGUCAUUAAUAUUUGGAGCUUUUAUUCAUUACUUGAUGUCAAGCCCCUCAAGUGUCGUUAACGUUCAGCAAAGACUGGACUCCAGCAUAGAAAAGCUUCUUCAGAGCGGUGCUCAACAUUUGGAGACUGACCUUGACGUUCCCUUCCACCCUAUGCACAUCACAGCAGGGGCCCUUGCCAGAAAUGGAUGUGUGUGUGAAGGAGACACGCACAGCAUAAAUGUGCCCAACCUGCUAUUUCCUCAGGUGUCUGCUCAGGAGCUACAGUUUGCCUUUGAAGCCUCUAAGCGAGAGGGUGUAAAGCAGCGGAGGCUGGUGGAGUACAGCAAGUUCCAGAAGAGGUCUCAAUCAGCAGCAAACUUGCUUAUUGUUGCAGAAGCGAACAGCCCUCUUCAGUACCCCACUCAGGGUUUGGAGGUCCGACCCAUGAAGUCCAUAUUGAUUCCUGGGUUGGCUCUGAAAGACACGUCUAGAAGCCUUUAUUCGGUCAGUUUAACUGCCAGUAUGGGGAGGUUUGCUGUAGUGACUAUGGUGGAUGAAGUCAGAAUGAGUGAAGGCGAGAUGCACAUGAACCUCUCCAGCAGCCUGCAGUCAGCGCUCAACAGACAGCUGCAGUUUAUUACUUACACCAACACAAUUUUCCACCCCGAUGCUACAGACAUAGUGCAUUUUGACACAGAUGGAUUCCAGGCAGCCUUCACUAUUAAAAUCCACCAUAAAGUCCCUCCCAAGCUUUAUGAUCCUGGACCUGAAUAUAACAUAAGCGCCCUUGUCACCAUUGCUACGAAAACAUUUCUGCGGUACGACAAGCUUCAAGAUUUGAUUGACAGCGUUCGGCAGUUCUACCCCACCGUCACCAUAAUUAUAGCUGAUGACAGCGAGCAACCUAAGCCUGUAACCGGCCCCUACAUAGAGCAUUACAUCAUGCCGUUCAGAAAGGGCUGGUUUGCUGGACGUAAUCUUGCCAUCUCUCAGGUGACCACAAAGUACGUGCUGUGGGUGGACGACGACUUCAUCUUCAGCUCCAACACACGGCUGGAGAAGAUGGUGGAGGUUUUAGAGAGAACCACCUUAGACUUGGUAGGAGGGGCAGUGCGGGAGGUAACCGGCUACACUGCCACCUAUCGGCACACCAUCUCAACAGAUGAAGGUGGAGAAGAGGGCGAUUGUUUACACAUAAGGAGGGGCUUCUAUCACAUCAUUGAGGGAUUCCCUAAUUGUGUGGUCACAGAUGCGGUCAUAAAUUUCUUUAUGGCUCGAACUGACAAGCUGCGUCAAGUGGGUUUUGACCCUCGCCUGGCACGGGCUGCCCACCUAGAAUUUUUCAUCGAUGGCCUCGGCUCUCUCCAUGUGGGUUCUUGUGAUGAUGUCAUAGUUAAUCAUGCAUCGAAGAUCAAAGCAAUGUUGCCGUGGGGACAGUCAAAGACUGAUGAAGCAUAUUCCAAGUUCCGCUAUCAGGCGGCCUCCAACAUCCAAAACACUCUGUUUUACUUCAAGAACCACUUCAAAUGCAAAACCAGCAAUGGCUGAUGAUAAACUCUUUAAGAGCUUCUCAGUAUUUGCUAGAAGUCUUUUUUCAGAGUGCGUGAAGACAUUGCCUUAAGUGAAGUGGUACAGAUGAUGCCUGGAGAAUUCUGCACUAUUUACUCAUGAACUGUGAAACAAGAAUUUACGCUUCAUGUCAACCUGGACCAAAGAUGGUGGCAUGUGAGGUAUACAUAUUUAUUUCUUUGCUAUGGAGUAACUGUUUAUAAUCAAAUUUGCAGAAUGUACACAUUUUUGCUACCACUUCUAUUUUUUAUCAACUUUUUUCUAUUGUUAUUUUUCCUUUUGAUGUAGUAAUGUUCAACAUUGCCCACAAGAUGGCAGUAGACCAUCAGUAUAUAUAUGUGUAUAUUUGUCCUCUGUUUAUGCAUAACUAAACUAAAUGGAAAAAUCUGUUAUUUUCUAAAUUAGCAGUGAAUGUGAGUGAAUGCGACUUCCAGUUGAACAUGUUAUGCAGUUCCUGUUACACAAAUGAAGUGCAAAUUCAAGAGAACAUAAAACCUUAAAUGUAGUUCAGCACAUAUAGUGAUAUGUUUGGGCACCCCUGGUCAAAUGUUUUGGUAAAAAUAAGUUCACACGUCCUCUACAGAGAGCACACCUGCACGCUUAAAUUCACAGUUACUGUCUAUUUGGUGAGUUUAACACAUUGAAUAU